CAACUCUCCGAAUUCGGCCAUCGUGAAGUUUCCACGUUGCAACAAUGGGAUCCGAACCCAGAGAGUCGCUACAACGCUUCCGUCAGUACCGCGGACUCCAUACCGGAAUACUGACUCGGUUCCCCGGGCAGGAUCCGAACCUGCAUCUAUACUUGUCAGCCUCAACCUGGCCGAAUCUGCGAUUCGAACCUGGGUCUGCCAUGUGACAGCGGCAUGCUCUACCAAUUGAGCUACCGGGGAGGGGAGCGCCAAUACAGUAAGGGUUGGUUCCUGCAUUGGACGAUGGCUGCUACUGUGCCUGCCGGCAGCGACACCUGGUGCAUUGGCAUGGCCUUGCGGUCCUGCUGCGCCGGGUCAUAGCGGUAGCGCAUGAUGAGAGCAGCGACCGCUUCCUCAAAGGCGUUGGGCCGCUGGUUGCCGGUGUGCCUGAAGCGCUCCCACAGGGCAAGGAGGCGGGGGAGUUUGGUCGUCCAGGACGAGAAUAGGGGGGCCCCAGUGGGCUGCGGUGCUGCCGGCUCCGCAGCUUGGGCGGGCUCUUCAGGACCUGUGCCAGUUCCUGUCCGUCAUUGUCCAGGUCGUAGGCUCUCGUCGCCGUUGGUGAGCCGCAGGGCAUGGUUGAUGGCGGCGCGGUCCCCGGUGGCUCAGUUCGAGCCUCAGGUCCGCAAGAGGGAGGACGUAUUCAACGGGAAGAGGUUCAACGCCCCGGGCCUCGGCUUCUGCCUCAAGGGCAGCGGCAAUGGACCAGGGUCAUCUGUUUCAGCAUCGUAAGGUGGUGUGACCUAUGGGCUGGGAGAAGGUGGGCGUGUGUGGAGCCAGCUAUGCUUGCCUGGCGCGGCAGAAGGGCUCGGGUUACUAUCCCAAGACGGCCCGAGUCAUUUAGGGCAAGGACCAGGGCCCGCUGGGCCACGCGCGCGUAUUGCGGCAGGAGGGAGCCCAGGCCCAAGCCGUAUUCGUCGGCGGGCAGGAGGCAGGCGUUGUGCCGGCGUUGCCAGGGAUGUGGCGAUGGCUGUGCCCUUGUCUUUCACAAUCUCGGUGACUCUUGCGACAUGUGCCGACCAGUCCAGCGAGAAAGUGAGCUGCACGCCCAGGUACUUGUACGGCUGGGUCGGGGGGAAGUACGGGACAGGGGUCGUGCCAAUCUUAAUUGUGUUGGUCAUGUUGCGGCGCAUGGCGGCAAGGGUAGCUUUUCCUGUGGGCCCGUCAAGGUUGGGGUCCGAGCGAGACUUGUCGUGCCAGAUGGCGGUGGUGGCACACUUGGUGUGAUUGACACGCAGGCUCGCCCACUCGGCGUAAGAUGCGAUUUUGUCACAUUGAACCUGCAGGUCGUCGAGCGAGUUGGUGAGCGCCGCCAGGUCGUCUGCGUACGCGGCGGCACUGCAAUGGUAUUGCAGGUUUUCGCUGGGGGUCAGGCAGCCGUAGUGGUAGCCCCGUCCGCCCGCAUGGAGCCAGCGGACAAGAGGUUCCAUGAACAGAAUAAAGAGCACAGUAGGCACGGAAGCCUUCCUGCGCUUCACUGAAUAGCUGGAGGGGGCCAGCCAGUUCGCCAAUGCCCAAGGUAAGCAUGGACGUGUACAGCUUGUAGCAGGUAUUUGCGAGCGCAAUGGGCCGUUUGUUUUUUAUUGGGCUGAGCCCCCCCAGCGCAGCGUUCCAGGGGGGGGCGAAGCCCCCCAGGAACACCCCUGUCCGUGGCUGCGUUCGUGCGUCGGCAAAACAUAGCAUACUGGCGCAAACCGCGAGUGCUACGUAUUAUUAUUUGCUAAUGUCUAUUGCGUGUAAAUAGGUGGCAGG